AUGAACGGGACUAAAUACCGCAGACGCUCAAAUCUGUUAAAACAGAUGGAGCACAAGCUUAUAAUCUCUAAUAGUAAGCACUACUCCCUCCGCCACUUUGGACAUGACCAUCGUCUGUAUGCAUGCAUGACCCGAUUCAUGACUGGACAUUUCCCACAUGGAGACUUCCACAACAAAAUGAAUCUUGACAGUUCUUGCUUAUGCACAUGUGCAGACAUCCAUGAAUCACAAGACCACAUUCUAUAUGAAUGUCCGUACUGGAUCAGACCACAAGGUAUCAGGCCGCCUAAACGGGUAUCAGACCAGGUGCGCAUAGAGCUCAUAUCUGCGGGGAAACAGCUGGAGCUCCAAAAUAAAGAACAGCAGGUGUCAAUUGAUGACAUUCAAGACUUUCUGUCACUCAACCUGUUAGUAGGCACAUUCAAGUGGCAAGACUUAAUGGAACACUUACGAUCAGAUGUGUUCCCUGAACAUGAGAGAGAUGCCCCAGGGUGGCAAUUCCAUCUAACAUACUUAGCCUUUGAUGCCCUGGUCCUUCAGCGACCGGCCCUUUUCAAAAAAUACCACCGAGAGACUCGCAAGAGGAGAACGCCGCCCACAUUCCUGCAAUGGCUCUUCUCACAAAAACGAUGGCUCAUCAAACAUGUCUGGGCCAAAUACAAACGCAUGCACCCUGGCACACAAGCGCAGUUCCAGGACGUUGCGCCAGACUGGCUGAAGUCAGUCAUGACUGCAGCCCGAGUACCUCUCAAACCAGAAAGUUACAAAGAAGGCAAAGACAAGACCUCCGACUGGAAACAGGAUGGCCAAACAGACAUUGCCGAGUUUGUAUCUUCAACCGUGGGAUCCCCUGCAUCCAAGGACCUAAUUUUAUUACCAGACAUCAAUAGCAGGAAGGAGGUAGCCCCUGACAAGCAUGUAGACCGUUCCACGGACACAUUGCCAAGCCUGCCGCCACAACACGGACCACUAAACCCUCUCUUUUCUUAA